AUAUUUCGUCAUACUUUACCAUAGUACAUUGAUCUCCAUAAAUUCAUCAAGAUCUUUCGACAUUUCAUCCAUUGAGCUACUUAUAUUUCGUCGCGUUUUUUUGAGUUCACUGUUCACUGUUCACGAGCCUUAAAAGUGAUACUAGCGAUACUUUUGUUGAGAUGGCUUCUUCUGCCAUACAACUUAUCAACCCCAAGUCAGAAGUUGCUCGAAGAGGUCAAGCCCUUCAGCUUAAUAUAACUGCAGCAGUUGGCUUGCAAGAUGUGUUAAAAUCUAAUCUUGGACCGAAGGGAACUAUUAAAAUGUUGGUUGACGGUGCAGGUAGCAUCAAGAUUACUAAAGAUGGUAAAGUUCUAUUGAGUGAAAUGCAAAUUCAAAAUCCAACUGCGGCAAUGAUUGCUCGCGCUGCUACAGCGCAAGAUGAAAUCACUGGUGAUGGCACGACGUCUAUUGUUUUGUUGGUUGGCGAAUUAAUGAAACAAGCUGAAAGGUAUAUUUCUGAAGGAUUACACCCUCGAAUUGUUACUGAAGGGUUCGAUUUAGCAAGAAAAGAAUCAUUAGAGUUCUUGGAUAAAUAUAAAAUUGAAAAACAAAUUGAUCGGGAAAUACUUGUUAGUGUUGCCCGUACUUCUUUACGUACCAAAGUCCAUACUGCACUUGCAGACAAGCUGACUGAUGCUGUAGUUGAUGCAGUAAUGUCAAUUAAACGAGAUGAUGAGCCAAUUGAUUUACACAUGGUAGAAAUUAUGAAAAUGCAGCAUAAGACCGCUUCCGAUUCUCGAUUAAUUCGUGGUUUAGUGUUAGAUCAUGGUGCUCGUCAUCCUGAUAUGCCUAAGCGUGUAGAGGAUGCUUAUAUAUUAACAUUGAAUGUAUCUCUUGAGUAUGAAAAAAGCGAAAUCAAUUCUGGAUUUUUUUAUUCUUCUGCUGAACAGCGGGAGAAACUUGUAGAAUCUGAAAGAAAGUUUACGGAUGAAAAAGUGAGAAAAAUUGUGGAAUUUAAAAAACAAGUAUGUGGAGAUACCAAAAAGGGAUUUGUUGUCAUUAACCAAAAAGGCAUUGAUCCAUUAUCAUUGGACAUUCUUUGUAAGAAUGGCAUUCUUGCAUUGAGGCGUGCAAAGAGAAGGAAUAUGGAAAGAUUACAACUUGUUUGUGGAGGAAUAGCACAAAAUUCUGUGGAUGAUUUGACUCCAGAAGCCCUUGGAUAUGCGGGGCUUAUUUAUGAACACGUUCUUGGAGAAGAAAAAUAUACAUUUGUUGAAGAAGUUAAAGAUCCAAAAUCUGUUACUAUUUUAAUUAAAGGACCUAAUGCUCAUACAAUCACGCAGAUUAAUGAUGCUGUCCGGGAUGGAUUACGUGCAGUAAAGAAUGCAAUUGAAGAUAAAAGUGUAGUACCUGGAGCAGGAGCAUUUCAGGUUGCACUUUCAAUUCAUUUGACUAAAUUUAAAGAUUCAGUUAAAGGAAGAGCAAAAAUGGGUGUUCAGGCAUUUGCGGAUGCAAUGUUGAUAAUUCCUAAAGUUUUAUCACAAAAUGGGGGAUUCGAUGCCCAAGAUACUAUUGUUGCUUUACAGGAAGAAUUUGCGGCAGGGCAUACUGUAGGAGUUGAUUUAAAUACGGGAGGAACGUUUGAUCCAGUUUUGGAAGGUAUUUUCGAUAACUAUCGGGUUGUUCGUAACAUGUUACAUUCAUGUUCUGUAAUUGCAAGCAACUUUUUAUUAGUUGAUGAAAUUAUGAGAGCAGGAAGAUCAAGUUUAAAGAACGAUAAUAUAGGAAAUUAAAUAUAGUUAAAUUUAAUGAAUUUCUUUUUUUUUUCAAAAAAAAUAAAAUAAAAUAAUAAUUAAAUAAAUAAAAAGAAAUGCUAAAAAUAAAAUUA